GCCAGGCAGAAUUGCUGCACAGAGAAUCAGGUCUAGGUGAGCUUCAACAGAGGCCCCUGAACACAGAAAGGGGAUGGCAUCUAAAGACUUCCCUCCACCCACCACCUAUGCAGGACCCGAAGUGCCCACGGGAUUAGCCUUCUUUCUAACAAUCCCAUAUGCUUUCUUCAUUCCAGAACUGGUCUUUGGUUGCUGGGUCUGGAUUCUGGUAGCUGCCACUGGUGUGAUUUAUGUUUUAUUGCAAGGAUGGGUUAUGUAUGUGUCUAUCACUUCAUUCCUCAUCUCCCUGAUGUUCCUGUUGUCUUACUUACUUGGAUUUUAUAAAAGAUAUGAAUCCUGGAGAGUUUGGGAUAGCCUUUAUCAUGGAAGUACCGGAAUUUUGUACAUGAGUGCAGCUGUCUUACAAGCAAAUGCAACAAUUCGCACGGAGUCAGAAGGGAAGGAGAGAAUAUUUUAUGAAUUGAAUACUGCUGCUACGUUCUUUGCUUUUAUUACUACCUUCCUGUACAUUCUCCAUGCCUUCAGCAUUUACUACCACUGAAGUAGAGCAUAAAGACAACAGGACAGAGAAGAAUCGUUAUGUUCCAUCAGGACAAACAUCCAAAAGCUGGACUGAGAAGCAGUUGACCCAUGUUUUCAGACUGUCUAAAACAGAAAUACUUUUGGUAACUUGGUUUUGAAAUUUUAAUUUGUCAAGACUUUUUUGUAUAUCGGAUGCAAUUGUAUUAUAUUAAAAGGUUUUAUUUUAGUUUGCCUGGAAAAUAACUAACUCUAGGAAUUAUUUAGCAAUGAAUAAAACCAGUGAGGUGCAGUUGUAUUCUUUCAUGUGAAUAAGGCUACAUCCCAAAGAUAUAACCCCCAGUCAUUGAUCCAGAAACAGGAUUAUUUAUAUUUUAAAUAGAGUUACUGAUCAAUUCCUUAUUGAUUAUCAGUUAUCAAUAAAUAUGGGGCAGCUAGUUGGUACAGUGAAUAGAGUACCAGACUUGAAGUCAGGGAGAUUCAUCUUCCUGAGUUCAAAUCUAGUCUUAGACACUAGCUAUGAAACCCUGGGCAAAUCACUCACCUUUAUUUGCCUCAGUUUCCUCAUCUGUAAAGUGAGCUGAAGAAGGAAAUAGCAAACCAAUGCAGUAUCAUUGCCAAAAAUAAUCAAAAGGGAUCAUAAAGAAUCAAUGCAAUUGAAGCAAGAAGGAUCAAUUCAUUCAUUUGCUAAAGAACAAGAUUGUUUUGAGCUGUUUUAUUUUUAAGGGUAACAAAAUCUAAUUUUCUUUGUUUUCAAAUGAGGUACAACCAAGGUCAUCUCUAGGAAGGUUUUGGUUCAAGGUCAUUAUCUAAGGGAUGAAAGCAGGAGGGAAUCACACUAUGUGGUUCCUUCCCUCUGCUGCAUCAGCAAAGGGAGCAGCUUCCAUUGUAAUACAGUGGAGAGAAUAGAAGAAUCAGAGGACUACAAAUUCUGCCUUGGAGACUUUCUAGCUAUAUGACCUCAAGAAAGUCAUUUAAGUUUUCUGAGUCUCAGUUACUUCUGUACAAUGAGAUAGUCGGACUAGAGUGUCCCUGAGGUCCCUUCUAGCUCUGGUUCUGUGAUCUUUCUAUCCCACUGGCUACCACCCUGUUGUUGUCUGUCCUUCAUUCCCAAAGAGGACCAAUGACAUCAUGAGGGGAAUGUCUUAACUUUAUUGGAAUAAAUAUAAGUAGCAAUUGUUUUCCUAUUCUGGCCAAAUACCAGGGUCUUCCCCUACCUUCCUGAGUCACUGCCCAAGCCUGGUAUCCUAAGGACAACUGUGGGCACAAUCAAAUAAUAUUGUUGAUCAUAGCUAUGCAGUGUCCUUACUACAUAGUUUUAAGCCCAUCCCACCACAGACAUAAAGGGAUCAUGAUUAGUAUCUACAAAGAUUUUAAUAGUCUGUAUAGUUAUGCCAGGAUUUCUAAAUCUACCUCUUGAAAACAUGCAAGUGAUUCCUUAGCUGUGGUACUAGAAACUACUCUGUCCUUUAGAAGUGAGAAUUAAUAGAUAGCACAGUUGACAACAAAAACAUGAGGAUGGUAAUGGAAAGAAUAUCAUAUUUAAAACUGGAGGAUCUAGAUUUGAAUUUAAAUUCUUCUUCCUACCAGCUGCAUCUCUUUAAGCAAAUGAUGUAACUCCUCUGGGCUUGUUUUCUAGUCAAGAAUUGGAAAUUGAAGGGAUGCCCACCAAUUGGUGAAUGGCUGAACAAAUCAUGGUAUAUGAUUACUACGGAAUAUUAUUGUACUAUAAGAACUAACGAGCAGAAUGCUCUCAGAAAAAAAAUUUAAGACUUAGAUGAGCUGACACAAAGUGAAAUGUCCCACGUACAAAGUUACAGCAAUAUUAUAAGAUAAUCAGCAAUGACCUAGCUAUUUUCAGCAAUACAAUGAUCCAAGACAGCUCUGAAGGACUGAUAAUGAAAAAUGCUAUCCAUCCCCAGGAAAAAAAACUGUUGGUAUCUAAAUACAGAUUAAAGUAUACCUUUUUUACUUUCUUUUUCUUGAGGGUUUUUUUUUUUUUUGAGGGAGAGGGGUCUGCAUUUUCUUUUACAACAUGGAUAUUAUGGAAAUGUUUUGCCUGACUACACAUGUAUAACCUAUUCCUUCUCAUUGAGGGAGGCUGGGGAAGGAGAAGGGGGAGAAUCUGGAACUCAAAGUUUCUUUUAAAUGACUUAAAAAUUGUUUUUACUUAUAACUGCAGGAAAAUAAAAUGCUAAUAAAUGAACAUAAUUAUGACUUUUUAUACAAAUAAAGCCAAAUUUAAAUAAUUAGAAAAAUAUUAAUUGUUCUAGAGUGGGCAGAGCCAAUAUAAUAACAAUGACCAUUUUACAUAAACAAUAAAAACAAAAUGAUGACUAUAGUUCCUUCCCUAAGGUUAAAGGUGAAGGAAGAGAAAUUGAUCAAUAGGCUGCUCUUGUAAGAUGACUCAAUUGUAUUGUCCCUCUCUUUUUGUCUCAUCCUUAGACUAUGGAAGUAAGUAGUUGCCAUGAGAAAGGAGAAGAACCUGAACCCAUCUUUUAAUCAAUGUAGUUUGUGUAACCUUAGUCAAGUUAUUUUAUUUAUCUGGUCUUUUGCUUCCUCUUUUGAAAGAUGAGGUGAGAAAUCCUCAGAGGUUUCUUGCAUCUCUUGAAUCCUAUCAUCUUACAUAGUAUUUUAUUUCUCAACACCAUGCUAUUCAUUCAAUUAAAAAAAAGUGUUUUGUUUUGUUUUUUUUUUUUUUUUUAUGAACAAGGCACUGAGGGGGGAUAAGUAAAACAUGAUUUCUGCUCUUACAAUAUAUACUUAAACAAUCUUUUAGGCUGUUUAUUCUGGCAGUUUAUCCACAUUGCUAUAGUAUAGGGAAAGAAAUAGGGGUUAUAUUUAUUUUAUCUUUGUAUCCCCAAUACCUUGAACAUAGUAGGCAUUUGAUACAUCAUUGAUAUCUCUUUCUGACUUAAAAUGAAUUUUGACUCUUCUCAGUGAAAUGGAUUAUUACUCCAGUAACAUAAGAUUCAAGGUGCUUUUGUAAAAAAAAUUAAAUGUUUGAAGUUGAUAGCUGUAUUUUUUGUCCUAUAUGUAAUGGAGGUGGACUGGCCUACCUGGGGAAGGGUUAUGAAAAAGAAGAAGCUCAAAAUUUCAAAGUCCUGCCUGACAAACUUAAUUCAUCCUGAUCAGAAGAAAAUACUUGUUCCUUUCUUUACAUUCCUAGCCCCAUUGUCCUUUUAAAUUAAAUGUCAUAUGUACACACAUCUGACUAGAAGUGAUCCAGAUUCUUUGAGCUCCCCAUUACUCUACUUGGCUCCUCCUUUGUAGCUAACCUUACUCUAAAUUGUAUUCUGGUUAUUGGUAUUCUCAAUCCAUGCUAGAUUGUAAGCCACUUGAGGGCAGGGGACCUAUAGCUUUUCAUCAUUGUCUUGCCCACAGUCCCCAGUACAGUGUGUGCUAUGUACAAAAUAACAGCAAUACUGUAAAAUGAUCAGUUGUGAAUGACAUAGCUAUUUUCAGCAAUACAAUGAUUCAAGACAACUCUGAAGGAUUCAUAAUAAAAAAAAAUACUAUUUAUCCCCAGAAGAAGAAUUAAUGGUUUAGGUACUUUAGGAAGAAUUCAGUUGAACCAAACUGAAUGAUGAAGGGGAAAGAAUUGAUCAAACAAUUUCCAAGCUUCUUCUAUUUCUUCUCUGCUCUUGAGAAGUAAUGGGAGAAAUCCCUGCUUUAACUCUUUGUCAUUUUCAUCAUGCUUGAUAUCUCAGAAUGCAAAAACAAAAACCAAUACCAGCCCCAUUCAUCAUUUUUCACCAUGGCAGCUCUCUAUAGUGGUUGUUACUAUUAUUAUUGUUAUUGUUUAAACAGACAACUUGAAAUAAAACAUAUAUGUUCAUUACAAAAA